AUGUCCGACCAAGCAGUUACUCCCAACGAAACAAACGCAAAUGGCUCCGAGUCACCUCCUCUGAUUGUUGUCAAUGUUGAUGAGCGUGAACUCAAUAAUAAGACUUUGCAACAUUUAUUGAAGUAUGAGUGGGCCAACUCAGGUUAUGCGUUUUUCUCUGAUUGCAAAUACGUUGCUCUUGUCUUCAAAGGGACUGCCCCGGUAUCGAACUAUUUGUGUCUGCUUAAGCCCGCUCAAAAGGCCGUAAACUGGUUGGACUCUUUUUGUGACCACAAAUUGACCUCUGUCGACCAGAUCCUUGACUUGUCAUCAUCUCAAAUUGACGACAUGACUCGGCUGGCUAAGGGCACUUUGGAGAUGAUUCAUCUUGUCACUUUCAAGGGUAUGGUAGAGCCAACAGUGAAGCGAAUCAACAAUGUCGGGGCCCUGGUUCAUUAUCUUUCGCAUAAUGAUAAGGGAAAGUCAGUUAUACCAUCUAUGAUAGAUCCACUCGUCUCUCCCGUGAAUGUCAUGUUGGAGAAGGCAGUUUCGAAGAAGUCGCCUGGUGCAGAAAGAGUUGCUGAACAAUCGAGUGAACUCAAGAGGUCGUUAAAGAUACUCAUCAAGCUCAUCAAGAACCAAGAAGGUGCUGACGAGUCACAGUCGAUCGAUAAUACCAGCGGUGAAAACCUUCCUGCCGCCUAG